UGGAAGUUGAUCUUCCCCGGAGGAGGAAGGGCGAUUGGCGUUUUCCUUGCGCCGAUAGUGGAGAAAAUCCAACGAGUUUGGGCGAUAUAUAAAAGCACGGAACGCCCAAACUAUCAAUGUUCUAUAGCUUGGGAUUCCUUAGAGAAAAGACAGAGUACAAAAUGAAGAUCCUCGUCUGCCUGUUUGCCCUGCUCGUGGCCGUCCUGGCGAGACCCCAGAAUCUUCCCUUCUACCAGGAAGGCCUCCAGAUUGGCAGCCGCAUCCAGUUCCUGGCCCCCCAUGAUACCGUCCUGGAUUACGGAGUAGUCCCGCUUGUCAACGUUCUGGAAGACAUCCCCUACACCGAGAACGUCGAUCUGACCCGUUUCCUCACCGGACUGGAUGCUCCCGUCGCCUCCAACCUGCAGCGUUCGGUCGGCGAAGCUCUGUCCUAAACACCCCAAGCUGGUACUCAACCCGUCGUAUCCAGACAACCCAGACCUCGGCAAACGACCCCGGAACAUUUCUAAUGGAAACCUUUCGGUGAUUGCAAUCAUCACGACGAUGCUGAUUCUGCAACAACUACUGACAUCUUUUGUGGCCACAAAGUUGACUUCUUCCGAUGCCAUCGGACCUUGUGUGAGAGUUAAAGACAUGAUUCGAACGAGAUACGUUGCGCGAACGUGUGUGAAAUCUUCAAAGCUAGUGAAUCCUAAAUGAAAAUAAAUUUAUUUUAUUUAUUCUAGACAGUAAGGCGUAAAGUGAAAACUGCGAAUAAAGUGACUAAAAUGUA